CUCCCCUGUCAAUCUUCAGCCUUCUGUUUAGGGUAGGUUGAUUAAGAGAUCAGGGGUGCUGCAGCUGAGAUUAAAACUGAUGUUAAUAUUGGCUUCUUACCUGUUAUAGUGUUUUAUUUUGUUUUCAGUCGUUGAGAAAGGGGGGUUAAUUUUGUAAGGAAUUGCAUUUUUUUUUAAAUUAAAGGAAACUGAAGAUUUCAGGUACAAUGUCUUCAGUCGAAGACAGAGCGAAGGAGAUUCUGCAGGGGUUUAAACUAAACUGGAUGAACUUGAGAGAUGCAGAGACGGGGAAAGUUCUCUGGCAGGGAACAGAAGACCUUUCAGUUCCAGGAGUAGAACAUGAAGCUCGGGUUCCUAAAAAGAUCCUGAAGUGCAAAGCAGUUUCUAGAGAGUUAAAUUUCUCUUCAGCAGAACAAAUGGAAAAAUUCAGACUUGAACAGAAGGUUUUUUUCAAAGGACAGUGCCUAGAAGAGUGGUUCUUUGAAUUUGGCUUUGUGAUUCCUAAUUCCACAAAUACAUGGCAGUCUUUGAUAGAAGCAGCACCUGAAUCGCAGAUGAUGCCAGCAAAUGUUUUAACUGGAAAUGUUAUCAUAGAGACCAAGUUCUUCGACGACAACCUUCUCGUAAGCACUUCCAGAGUUCGACUUUUCUACGUUUGACUGGAUGCUUUUCAUGGAAACCAACAUUUCUUUCUUUUUUUUUUUUUUUUUUUUUUUUAAAGACCCGUCUCAUCUUCAAAACUUUCCUGUGCUCAUGUGACCAGCUAUCCAGCUUACAGUGGAUUGACCCAGCACAUUAGAAUUUCUCUAAGGAAAUAUCAUACAAGAACCAAAUGAGCAUAUUAAAACAAAAAUGGUCAUUGGUUCACUGCAGAAAAAAACAAAAACAAAAAAAAUACGGACUUUUGUAUAUAUGAGCUAUGCUCAUUGUGACCAACCUUGUAAAUUAUUUUGUUAUUUGUACUAUUUUUUGCCAUUCUGCAGCUUUUAAAACCUGGCUUGCAAUGUACACUGCUUUGUGUGUGUGCUAAUAUUCUGAUUUUGUUUUUUUUUUGUGCUUCCAGUUGCUGUUUUAUUCUGUAAGAUGUGAUACAUUCCUCAGUUGUAACUAAACUGUAAAAUAGUUACUGAAUGUAAUUAUUUUAAUGAUUUCAUGGACACUAAAUACAGUGAAGUCGAUGAAACAGUCCCCCUUCCCCCCCACUAUUUAUAUUGACAUCGCUUUUUAUUUGUAACGGGUUUGCUUUUCCUAGAUUGAGAAAAUACGUCACUUUUUUUAAUAGAGGUACCUAAAUGCCUAUUUCCCAAUGCAUUUAAGGUGCUAUUUAAGAAGUGAUUUUAGUUAUUACAUGUAUUUAAAUUAGACAUGGUUAUCUGUAACUUGGGUGAAAAAUACCCUGUUAAGAAGCUCAAUGACACAGACUUAUUUAAAAAAGAAAGGAUCCUAAAACCGUGGAGCAUUCAUAGAAUUGCCUUGCACUUCAAUUUGACUGUGAUGUGUUGAAUUUAAUGAAAAAAAAAAGGUUGCUUGCAUUUAAACUAAAGGUAUUCAAACACAGUGAAGUUUGUACAUGUUUUGAAAUUGGCAAAUCGGGUUUCCAUCUGUAUGCAUAGCAAUGUAAACAAAAUAAAAGUUCUGUAUUUCUUAACUGCUUUAU